AUGCCUCCACAACAUCACCUAACUGAUCUUCCUCCUGAACUUUUACGGCACAUUCUCGAAUUUCUCAUCAUUGCAAAUCCACUCCUCGCCCGAUCAGAGAAAAAUAUCAAAAAUUUAUGUAACUUGGAAUUAAUUUCUAAACAAUUUGGAGAAAAUUUUCAAAAUUUAUUGGAAAAUUAUUGGAAGAUUAUUUUGUUUCAAUUUAUUAAUCUCCGAUUGGAAGUGAAGAAUGGACGAGAAGUGGUGAAUUCAAUUAAUGUGCAUGAUCAUUGGAAAAAGAAAGACGAAAUUGUGGAGAAAUUAAAGAUGAAAUCGAAUAAGAGAAUUUUUGGAAUUUUGAAGGAGGCAGAAAGGAGGAGAAAGGACCAAUUUUCAAUUUCAGAUCCCUAUUCGAAAAGAGAUGUUUUUAAACUUUGUGUUAGUGGACCAGGAGGGUCAGGUAUUCAUUCCUUCAUCAAUCGAUAUUUAAAUGAUCAAUUCAAUGAACAAUAUGAUUAUUCGUUGGAUGAAGUAUUUUAUAAGAAUGUUCAAUUUAAUGAAACAGAAUUGAAAUUGGAAAUUUGGGAAAAUGGUUUCAGAAAUGAUUAUUACAUGUUUCAUGAAU